UCCAUCCCUGCCUCCAGUCCCGGCCAUGAUCACGUCCCACCCCAACACCACCAUGGCCAUCAAGGGGGAGGACAAGGAGCUGAACUGCACCGCGCGGGGGGAGUGGCCUAUCAUCAUCCGCUGGGAGCGCGGCGACACGGUCAUCGACCCCGACCGCAACCCCCGCUACACCAUCACCACCAGCCCCAACGAGAAGAGCGACGAGGUCAUCUCCACGCUCAAGCUGAAGCCAGCUGAGCGCGGGGACUCUGUGUUCUUCUCCUGCCACGCGAUCAACUCGUACGGAGAAGGACGUGGGCUGAUCCAGCUGACCGUGCAAGAGCCCCCGGACCCCCCAGAGCUGGAGGUGCGUGAGGUGAAGGACCGCAGCAUGAACCUGCGCUGGACCCAGAGGUUCGACGGCAACAGCAUCAUCACCAGCUUCGACAUCGAGUACAAGAACAAGUCUGACCCCUGGGAGCUGAAGCACGCCACGCGCAAGAUCUCGCCCACGAACAACCAGGCCAACAUCGUGGAGCUGCACCCGGCCAGCGUCUACAGCAUCCGCAUGUACUCCUACAACAAGAUCGGCCGCAGCCAGGCCAGCAAGGAGCUGACCAUCAGCACGGAGGAAGCCCAGCCUGACGGUCCCCCCAUGGAAGUGAUCCUGCAGCCUAUGACAUCACAGAGCAUUCGGGUCACUUGGAAGGCCCCGAAGAAGGAGCUGCAGAACGGGGUCAUCCGGGGUUACCAGAUCGGCUACCGCGAGAACGGGCCGGGCAGCAACGGCCAGUACAGCAUCGUGGAGAUGAAGGCCACGGGCGACAGCGAGGUGUACACCCUGGACAAGCUGAAGAAGUUCGCCCAGUACGGCGUGGUGGUGCAGGCCUUCAACCGCGCCGGCACCGGGCCGUCCAGCUCCGAGAUCAACGCCACCACCCUGGAGGACGUGCCCAGCCAGCCGCCCCAGAAUGUGCGCGCCAUCACCGUCACCUCCGACGAGGCGGUGAUCACAUGGUCCGAGCCGCCGAGGAUGACGCUGAACGGCGUCCUGAAGGGCUACCGCGUGGUGUUCUGGUCCCUCUUCCCUGAUGGAGAAUGGGGGGAGAUGCAGAACAUCACCACCUCCAGGGAGCAGGUGGAGCUGAAGGGUCUGGAGAAGUUCACUAACUACAGUGUGCAGGUGCUGGCGUACACGCAGGCCGGGGACGGCGUGCGCAGCAACGUGCUCUAUAUCCAGACCAGAGAGGACCACCCGGGUCCUCCAGCAGGGAUCAAGGCCGUCCCCUCCUCUGCCAGCAGUGUGGUGGUGUCCUGGCUACCCCCCAAUAAGCCCAAUGGUAUCAUCCGCAAGUACACCAUCUACUGCUCUAGCCCUGGGUCCGGACAACCGGUUUCCUCUGGGCACUCCGGUUUCCUCCCACAGUCCAAAGACAUGCAGGCGCCCAGCGAGUACGAGGCCAAUCCCGAGCUGCUCUUCUACCGGAUCACCCACCUCAACCGCGGCCAGCAGUACCUCAUCUGGGCGGCCGCCGUCACCACCGCCGGCCGCGGCAACAUCAGCGAGAAGGUGACCGUGGAGCCUGCUGGGAAGGCCCCGGCCAAGAUCCUGUCCUUCGGGGGCACGGUGACCACGCCCUGGAUGAAGGAGGUGCGUCUGCCCUGCAGCUCCGUGGGGGAGCCCACGCCCACCAUUAAGUGGACCAAAGACAGUGAGGACUCGGCUAUCCCUGUGACACUGGAUGGUCACCGGCUGAUCCUGGCCAAUGGCACGCUGGUGCUGCGCUCUGUGAAAGCAGAGGAUUCUGGGUACUACACCUGCACUGCCACAAACACCCUGGGAUUUGACACCAUCAUUGUGAACCUGCUGGUGCAAGUGCCCCCCGAUCAGCCACGCCUCACGGUCUCCACCACCUCCACCUCCUCCAUCACCCUGGCCUGGAUCCCAGGAGAUAACGGGGGCAGCUCCAUCAGAGGCUUCGUGCUCCAGUACUCGGUGGACAACACGGAGGAGUGGAGGGACGUGUUCAUCAGCUCCAGCGAGCGCUCCUUCAGGCUGGACAACCUGCGCUGCGGCACCUGGUACAAGGUCAAGCUGGCGGCCAAGAACAGCGUGGGGGCGGGGCGCAUCAGCGAGAUCAUCGAGGCCAAGACGCACGGCCGCGAGCCUCAGUUCAACAAGGACCAGCCGUUGUUCACCCACAUCAACUCCACCCACGCCCGGCUCAACCUGCAGGGCUGGGCCAGCGGCGGCUGCCCCAUCACCGCCGUCCUGCUGGAGUUCCGGCCCAAGGGCACCUGGGCGUGGCAGAACCUGCGCACCAACGCCUCGGCCGACGUCUUCCUGGCCGAGCUGCGGGAGGCCACCUGGUACGAGCUGAAGAUGAAGGCCUGCAACAGCGCCGGCUGCGGCAACCAGAGCUCCCAGUUCGCCACGCUGGACUACGACGGGAGCACCAUCCCGCCCAUAAAGUCUGCGAGGGGGGAGGGUGACGACGUGAAGAAGCUCUUCACCAUCGCCUGCCCCGUCAUCCUCGUCACCCUCGGCCUGGCCCUCCUCUUCAUCAUCCGCAAGAAGCGCAAGGAGAAGAGGCUCAAGCGGCUGCGGGAUGCCAAGAGCUUGGCGGAGAUGCUGAUCAGUAAGAACAAUCGCAGUUUCGACACCCCGGUGAAGGGCCCCCCAGCGGGCCCCCGGCUCCACAUCGACAUCCCGCGCGUCCAGCUGCUCAUCGAGGACAAGGAGGGCAUCAAGCAGCUCGGUGAAGACAAAGCCACCAUCCCUGUGACAGACACAGAGUUCAGCCAAUCGGUGAACCCGCAGAGCUUCUGUACAGGCGUGUCUGUACAUCAUCCCGCCCUCAUCCAGAACACAGGGCCCCUGAUUGACAUGUCAGACAUACGACCAGGAACUAACCCAGUGUCCAGGAAGACGGUCAAGUCAGCUCACAGCACGCGGAACCGCUACUCCAGCCAGUGGACCCUCACCAAGUGCCAGGCCUCCACCCCCGCCCGCACCCUCACCUCCGACUGGCGCACGGUGGGCUCCCAGCACGGCAUCACCGUCACCGAGAGCGACAGCUACAGCGCCAGCCUGUCCCAGGACACGGACAAGGGGCGGAACAGCAUGGUGUCGACGGAGAGCGCCUCCUCCACCUACGAGGAGCUGGCGCGGGCCUACGAGCACGCCAAGCUGGAGGAGCACCUGCAGCACGCCAAGUUCGAGAUCACCGAGUGCUUCAUCUCCGACAGCUCCUCGGACCAGAUGACCACCGGCACCAACGACAACGCCGACAGCAUGACCUCCAUGAGCACGCCCUCGGAGCCCGGCAUCUGCCGCUUCACCGCCUCGCCGCCCAAGCCCCAGGACUACGACCGCGGCAAGAACGUGGCCGUGCCCAUCCCCCACCGCGCCAACAAGAGCGACUACUGCAACCUCCCCCUGUACAUGAAGACGGACCCUUUUUUCCGGAAGCAGCCGGACCUCCACGACCCGUGUCCGGUGGUGCCGCCCCGCGAGGCGUCCAUCCGCAGCCUGGCGGCCCGGGCGUACCACACGCAGGCGCGCCACCUGACUCUGGACCCGGGGAAGCAGCAGGCCCUGACGCUGGGCCACGGCGGGCUGAGCGGCCUGGGCGGGGGCGGGGCCUCGGGCGCAGCCGGGCUGGGCGGCGGCUCGGGGACCGCCACCCUGCCCCAGAGGACCCUCACCAUGCCCGGCCCCUCGUCCCAGAGCGCGGCCAACGUCGCCGCCGCCGCCGCCGCCGCCUCCUCCUCCUCCUCCUCCGCCUCCGGCGCGGUGGCGGGCGGGGCCAGCUCGGGCAGCGGCAGCGCCGCCGCCGCCGCCGCCGCCAAAGUGGGCGGCUCCAGGGACUCCCUCUUGGAGAGCAGCUCGUCCGGGCUGGGCAGACUGCAGAAGCAAGGAGCCGGAGCCUACUCCAAGUCCUACACGCUGGUGUAGGGCCCCCGGGGCCAGGGGGGAGAGGGGGCGGGGCAACCCGCUCGCAUAGGCCCGCCCCUCCCACCCCUGAGUCGGCUCAGUGUGCAAACUGUCGGUGUCUAUGUGGACAGGAGCACACCAGCAGGCCCUUAGAGCACAGAGGCUCCUUCCUCUCUCCUUUUCUCUCUCUCUCUGUCUCUUUUCUCACUCUUUCUCUGUCUCUCUCUCCCCUUGAAACAUGCCAAACCCCGUCUCAUUUCCCCUGCCACAGUCCUUCCCUUCUUUACCACUCUCUCUUUCUCUCUCUCUCUCUCUCUCUCUCUCUUUCUCUCUCUCGCUCUUUCUGUAUCUCUUUUCUCUUGACACCUUGCAAACUUAUGCACAAAACACUUUCCUCAUGCACUUGUUUCUCUAAUUCAGAAGUUAGGAAGUAUCAAGCAUAAGAGAUGUAUAGUUUCACAUAAAGCUGUCUAGGUGUUUUAGGCUGUCGAAAGUGUUCCUUUUUAUGUCUCUUAACAGUGAACGUUUUUCGGUUUUUUGUUCUAAAAGAGAAAAG